UUAUGAGAUUUUUCUUCUUGAUUGGGAUAUUUCAUUUGAAUUUGAUUCAGAUUUCAUUAGCCUCUGUUAUUUCAACAGGAGACUUCACCAAGGAUUUCUUUGUAACAUGGUCUCCUAGCCAUGUGAACACUUCUAAUGAUGGCCUUGCAAGAAGGUUGAUACUUGACAAAGAAUCAGGUUCUGGAAUUGCUUCUAAUGACAUGUUCCUGUUCGGAGAAAUUGAUAUGCAAAUCAAACUGAUACCAGGUUACUCUGCAGGCACAGUUGUGGCCUUCUAUCUCACAUCUGAUCAGCCAAAUCGUGAUGAGAUAGACUUUGAAUUCCUUGGCACUGUGCCUGGGCAGCCAUACAUUCUUCAAACUAAUGUUUUUGCUGAUGGGUUUGAUGAUAGAGAGGAGAGGAUUACCUUAUGGUUUGAUCCAACAGAGGACUUCCACACCUAUUCAAUACUAUGGAACCUUCACCAAAUUGUAUUCAUGGUGGAUUGGGUUCCAAUCAGGACAUACAGAAACCAUGCAGACAAGGGGGUGGCAUAUCCUAGGUGGCAACCAAUGAGCCUCAAGAUCAGCCUAUGGGAUGGUGACAGCUGGGCAACGAAUGGUGGCAAGGACAAGAUUGACUGGUCAAAGGGUCCUUUCAUAGCCUCAUUUAAGAACUACAAGAUUGAUGCUUGUGUGUGGAAAGGAAAUCCAAGGUUUUGUAGGUCAAAGAGCUCAACAAAUUGGUGGAACAAUGAUAGAUCAAGCUCUUUGACUUGGAUGCAGAGAAGGUUGUUCAAAUGGGUUAGAAAGCACCACCUCAUAUAUGAGUAUUGCCAAGAUAGCAAGAGGUUUCAUAAUAACCUUCCAAAGGAGUGUUCUCUUCCCAAGUAUUGAGGAAUAGAAAAGAUUUAAAUUGAUUAUAGGUUUUACAUUAUUGUCUGAG